UAUGUAGCAGAAAUGUGAAAAGGUAGGAUGCCUUUAGAGUGCAGAACCUGAAGGGUUGGGGUGGGGAAGCUUAUUGAGAUUGUUAUGUCACCUCACGUAUCACCCUGGGUGGAGUCAAGAGAAAAGUUACUUUCAUUUUUGAAUACCUGGCUUUGUGGGUACGAAGCGGACGUUCGCUUGUCCCAGCUGUCAGUCUGUUGUGCCGGAGAAAUAUAAUCCUUACAUAUUACAUUGGACUAGGAAGUCUUCAAGAUAUUUAUGUGGCUGUGCUGUGUUUUAUUACACGUGAACAGAUCCGUAGAUGUCUUAGAAAAUCGAGCAGUGGGUGGGAUAUGACUAAGAUUUUCCCCGAGGUAACUUGACGACUUCCUGGUUGUGGUUAGAUGACCAUUUGAUGCGUUGGCUUUUAUGUUCGCCGGGUAGACAGCUACCCGAAUAGCUCACAGCUGCCUUGUGGUCACAUAAGUUAGCCUAUGGCUACUGGCUCAUGGGAAUCAAAGCCUCCCUUACCAUGGUCACCACCGAACCAUCUACGGCCACUGAACAACAGCACAGGAGAGUCAAGCGUGUCGUCAGGGUCCACUGUGUCUAGUGGUUGCACUGAAAAUGAUCACUUACCAUGGUCACAUCAUUAUCAUCUGAAGCCACUCAACGGAAGCACAGGGGAGAUAAGUCUGUCUUCUGGUUCUUCUAACGGCUCAGGACUCUAUAGUAACCCCAGUUUUAGCAUAAACUUCAAUGGGUCAAGUCCGCCGAGUUCCGAUCCUUGUCGGAAAAUCCCGGACAGGACAGACCGCGAUGUACGUGUUAGAGAGACUGGUGCUGCGCAAACAGAGAAUGAAGGACCAUCAAACCCACACAGACAAGAUUUUCUCCAACCGACGAAGGUUCAACAUCAAAGUGGACGGUCCACUGCUUUAGAAACUCCAUGGCUAGGAAACGAAAGGCGUGGGGAAGAUGUACAGAUUGGUCGUGAUGUAGAGACAUUGAAAAAAACUACUUUUCCGAAGCCACAUUGGGUUAUUGGCAUAGUAAUAGUACUUUUGAUGGUGGCUGCAAUUGUAGGUGCAAUCGUGUACAUCGAACUGCAGAAAGCUUCAGAUCUCGGAAAGAUAUACCAGACCACAGGUCUCGUUUCAGUGUCUGUGGAUGAUACAUUUAAAGCAUCCAUGGCUGAUAAUUCUUCUGAAGAGUUCAGUGCUUUCAGUAAAAAGUUCUGCGAUAGCGCUGGUACCAUCCUAGGGGAGAGUGACAGUGUGGAUGUUGUAGCCUGUACAGUACAUUCUCUAAGCAAAGGUAGCAUCGUGACAACAUUCACUUUGGAACUGCAAACCACUUUUAAUACGAGCAGUGACUGGCUCAAGGACUUUUUGCAAAAUUCUGGAGCCCAGGAUGAUGGAUUCACUUACUGGUUCAAUCUUCGAAUAAAUAGGUUUUCGAUAAGCAUUGCCUCCAUAAAGUCCAAAUUAUCAGAUUCUACAGUUCUUGGUCCCUACACUUCAAAAGUGGAUUGCACCCAAUCAUUUCUGCCUUUGCCUUACACCUACCCAAAUUAUUGUGGAGAAUAUCAGGCUUGCACUUCCACGGGAAUAAAGUACCUUCGAUGUCCUGAGGACACUGAGUUUUCUUACGAUCCUUCAAGGAAAACAGACAACACAGUGUGCGAGAGACGGUCAGAAAACACGUACUGUGGUCAGCGCAGAAGAGAGGAUGUAGCAACAACGAUGACGACCGCGAGAAGGCGACAGAUACGACGACGACAACCGAAGUGACAGAUACGGUGAAAGCUAACGGAAUGACAGAUGCAACAACUACGGAAUCGAAUCUUUGGAGCAACACGACCACUAUGAACUUAUCACUGAUCGUGUCAGUCAAUACAACGGUUGCCCAGUCCACAUCUCUGCCAUGUUCAACGAUCUUAGCAAACAAAAAUCUUUCCGAGUUAUUUCAUUGUCCACCAUCAGGGUACGUGUUCAUCCCACGACCUGACACUUACCCUGACCACUGCAACAGUUACGUGUGGUGCGUUGACGGGAGGCAUACAACAGUAGCAACAUCGGGUGCGGCGCCGGUGCACAUUACACCACAAUGGAGGACGGCCCUUGCUACCCGGCGGGGCACCCAAACACAUUCUGUCAGGUGAUGUACAGAUGCCGAGAUCUUCUGACACAGAUUAAAGGUUACACGACAUCUUCUAGAACAUUUACAGGUUUAUAAAGGUCUUUUCACAUAGAGUGGAGUGAGUGCAUCAGACUUCUGAGGGCGUGUUAAUAUCAUUUAAGACAAUACACUGGAAAUAGUUGAUAUCAUGUGUACUACUACAGCUUGAUGAGAAGUAAACCAGAAUUAAGUGUGAAAGUACUUGAACAAAUUGUCAAUGGGUUUAAUCGAACAUCUCUAGGACACCACAAAGUCUGCCAUGAAAGGGAGGCACAGGUCCAAUGUGCUGUCAACAUUUAAGAGUGAAUCAAGAACUGUAGAUGAUACACAAGAAGACCUAAGUACUGAUGUAAUGCUAAAAACAGAAAUGUCAAUUAGCUUUGACACAAGAAAAAACAUUCCUUACAAGUUUUUGUGCAGCCUGAGACCAUCUCUGAUCAGGAACUGCAUCACAAAUAAUUGAUCAUGCUGCAAGCAGCUGGAAUCAUGAGAAUGUUGUGAAAUUUAAGUUAAACUUUCAAGAUGCUUCUUGUUUAAAUAAAACUGAGCUCAAACAUUGAAAAAAUGAUCAGGCUACACAGUCUCAGCAUUCAACUGUAAGCUUGAGAAUGUUGUUAUGAAUGUUGUUGAGUACAACUCUCAAGAG